AUGGAGGCCGCGAGGGAGCUCACCCUCGACGCCGCCCAAGCUACUCGCAGCAGUCGCACGAGCUCCCGACUGCUCGACCGAAACCAGAUGCGGAAGCUUCUCGACAGCCGAAACGAUCGCGAUGUGCUCGAAGGUCUACGCCGUGUUGUUGCCAUGAUGUACCGAAAUCAAAAGACCUUUCCCUUCUUUUCCUCGGUUGUCAAGAACGUCGCAUCGCCCAACAUUGAAAUCAAGAAGCUCGUAUACAUCUACCUCAUCCACCAUGCCGAGCAGGAGCCCGACCUCGCCCUCCUCUCCAUCAACACGAUCCAAAAGUCUCUCUCCGACACCAACGCCCAGGUCCGCGCACUGGCCCUCAAGACCAUGUCUGGCAUCCGUGUGCCCGUCAUCAGCCAGAUUGUCUCCCUGGCUAUUAAAAAGGGCGUCGCUGAUAUGAGCCCGGUCGUCCGCAAAGCCGCUGCCCUCGCCAUCCCCAAAUGCUACCGACUCGACCCGAGCCAAGCGCCGCAGCUUACCGAGUACUUAUCGACGCUGAUUGGGGAUAAACAAUACUUUGUUGCCGGCGCGGCCAUUGCUGCGUUCUUGGAAAUGUGUCCCGAUAGGAUUGAUCUUAUUCACAAGCACUAUCGCGGCCUGGUUCGCAAGAUUGUUGACAUGGACGAAUGGAGCCAGUUUGCCGUGCUGCGACUGAUGAGCUUUUACGCGAGGAAAUGCUUCCCCAGACCAAAGACGGCGGCCUCGAAAAACAAAGAAACAGGGGCUGCUUCUGGAGAUGCCUUUUACAGCGAAUCAAGAACCGAGGAGGCUGAAGGGGGGGUUACCAUCGACCCUGAUCUACGCCUGCUCUUAAACGCCAUCCGCCCUUUGCUGCAGAGCCGAAACUCUGGCGUGGUGGUUGCUGUCACCCGGUGUUACGUCGAGAUUGGCACAGCCGAUUAUGUGAAGCUCGCUGUCGGUCCUCUUGUUGCGCUUAUGCGAGGCCCCCAGGAUAUUCAACAGCUCGCAUUGUACAACAUCGUGUCCGUGUGCUUAAUGCGACCGAAGGAUUUCGUCAAGUACUCUAGCCACUUCUUGGUUAGAGCAACAGACUCGGCACCCGUAUGGGAGCUCAAGCUGGAAGUCUUGACUCUCAUCUUCCCACAUAGUCCGCCGCAUAUCAAGAGCCUCAUCCUCAAGGAGCUCGAGCACUUUUCUCAAGGCACAAAUAAAGCCCUUGUACAAGAAGCCGUUCGCGCCAUUGGCCGAUGUGCACAGGCCGAUGCCACCACUUCGCCCCGCUGUCUGAAGCUUCUUUUAAGCCAAAUUACUAGCCUUGAUGGCACGCUUGCGGCAGAGUCUCUCACCGUCAUUCGGCACUUGAUCCAACAGAACCCAGAUGACCACGUUGGCACUGUUGUGCGUCUGGCCAGGAACCUAGACUCGGCCACGGACCCCCAAGCGAGAGCCACCAUCAUCUGGCUGGUCGGUGAAUUUUCUGGUCUAGACGGAGAAGAUAACAUUGCACCAGAUGUGCUGCGAAUUCUUCUCAAAGAUUUUGCCCACGAAUCAGAAGCUGCCAAGAGACAAAUCGUCCUCCUUGGCGCCAAGGUCUAUCUACAUCACAUCAAUCGCCGCACGGAAGCUGAGAAAGACAAGGCUGCGGAGGAUGACCCCCCUCAGCCACUCGAGACGCACCCUAUUGAGCGCAUCUGGGACUACCUGAUGCUCCUUGUUAGAUAUGAUACAUCCUUCGACCUGCGUGACCGCGCAAGGAUGUACAGAUCACUUCUAUCUGUGCCACAGCUGGCUACACUGAUGCUUCUGGCCCCCAAACCAGCACCGCAGGCGCCAAGCCCGUCAGAAUCUAGAAAGGGAUUCCCUCUCGGCUCUUCCACGCUCGUACUCGAAGGCGGCGGCGGUCUCCAUGGGCUGAGCGGCUAUGAGGCGCUGCCCGAUUGGGUCGCGCCGGGCCGAGAGCCUGACCCGAGACUACGUGAACAGGAUGAUGGGCAGUAUUCGCGAUAUGACAGCGAUAGAGGUCCUGCGCCUGCUGGUCAGGCCCUAGACGAGGCGGUACGAGCGGCACCAAGCAAGUCGAAUGGUAUUGCAGAGGGUCUGGGUACCAAGUCGCUCGACGACUGGCUUGCGGAAGGCGACGAGGAAGAAGACAGUGGCGAGACAGAGGAAGAAACAGAAGAGGAGUCUGAAGAAGAGGAAGAAGAAUCUGAUGAGGAGGAGGACGGGGAAGAGGAAGAGGAAGAAGAAAGUGAAGACGAUGGAGAGAGCGCUAAUUUGGUCAAGACAUGA